ACGUCUUCUUUCAAGAAGGAAUUUAUAGAGGAUGUUUUAUAUGUGGACAAUCGGAUCAUAUAGCUAAUCAGUGCACAGGUCAAGCUAAACAAAAACAAGGACAAUAUGAUGAGAAAGGAAAAGCUAUGAUCAUAAAACCAUAUAUAUUUCUUAAUGUUCAAAUUCUUCGAGAAUAUUUGGAAAUUGAACUUAAAGUAUCCAGUAAUGAUUUUCUUCCCCAUCUGCCGUCUUUGGAGAUCAGGGAAGGUGCGAUAGAUACCUUGAUAACAAUAUGGAAGCGUUGUUUGCCAUUAAUGGGUGGCUAUUUAACCAAUAGUGGAGUUGUGGAUUUAAAAAGGUUACAAUAUAUGGUUACAGAACUUGGUAAACAAGAAGAUGAUAUUUUUCUUCGACGAUAUCGAAAUGAACAAAGACGAGCUCCGCAACCUCUUCCUGCCCCGAAACGUCGAAAGGUCAAGGCAAAUAAAGUUAUAGACGUUUAUCAGUCAUUUGAAUCACCCCAAAAUGAA